CGGCCGGCCGGCGAUUCAGUCUGCCGACGCGACCCGAUCCAAGUGCACGUACAUUACGCUACAAAACGCGGCACCCCACACGAUCGAACGUGCUUUUUUUACCCAGUGACAGAUACGAGAGGGCGACCUCUCUCAACCGACAAGAUUGCUUCACAAGUGGAAAUGCCGUCAAGUCUCUUCGGAGAGCUCGGAGGUGGGCUGGUGGAAGACCAGCGCGCGUUCCAGCUCGCGCUCGAGCUGAGCAUGCUUAACUUUGGCGAGAGUCUGCCCUCCGCAAACCCGCUAGCCAGUCCUCUGGGAUUCGCACCGCCCCCGGAUGAUCGCACCAAGAAAUCACAGAAUAUGACUGAAUGCGUGCCAGUACCAUCUUCAGAACACGUCGCAGAAAUCGUUGGUAGACAAGGAUGCAAAAUCAAAGCUCUUCGGGCGAAGACUAACACCUACAUAAAGACACCGGUGCGCGGCGAGGAGCCUGUGUUUGUGGUGACAGGCCGCAAGGAAGAUGUGGCACGCGCUAAACGUGAGAUCCUCUCCGCCGCCGAGCACUUUUCCCAGAUCCGCGCCUCGCGCAAGUGCGGCGCAGCACCCCCGCCACCCGCUGGUGCCCCUGGACACGUCACCGCUCAGGUGCGCGUGCCCUACCGCGUCGUGGGGCUCGUCGUAGGACCCAAGGGCGCUACUAUCAAGCGCAUUCAGCACACAACACACACUUACAUAGUGACACCCUCGCGAGAGCGCGAGCCUGUCUUCGAAGUGACUGGACUGCCAGAGAGCGUCGAGGCAGCCCGCAAAGAGAUUGAAGCACAUAUUGCUCUACGCACUGGUGCCGCUGGAGGAGCCGCAACCGGCACUGGCGUUCCAGGCGGGGAAGGGUCGUGCUCUUCAGGUGGCUCCUCGGGCCGAUUGGGCGACCUUCUAGGCAUUUGGUCAUCGACGGAACGCGAUGAGGGUCUGGGCGAAUCGCCAUCGUUCGAGUCACCGAGCGCAGGCAGCGUGUGGGCCUGGGGCCCUCCGAGGCCGUCUCCUGCGGCGUCUCCAGCUCGUGCGUGUGCCGUGUGCGGCGAGCGCGGUGUGGCGGCAGCGCUGGUGCCGUGCGGCCAUAACCUGUUCUGCCUGGAGUGCGCGCAACGACUCGCGGCGUCGGCUGCGCCCUGCCCAGCCUGCGCUGCGCCUGCGCAUCAAGCCAUUCGCAUACUCUCAUAAAUAUUUGCGGCUAGCCGCGUUCCCCUCGAGGGGCUCGAUUUUUUUACUUAAAUCGUUACGAAAAUAAUAAAAAAAAUCGCGUAAUCGAAAUCCUGGUGCCAAAAGUCGGCGCCUCGCCGGCACGGCCCGUCCGCCGCGCCGAACCUAUCGUAAGUCGGCAGAGUUACUCACGAUAUAUUUUCUUAUUAUGAACGUUUUUUAUUAUGGCGUCGAGCGUCCGCCGCGCUCGUCGCCGCAGAGAGUCGAGGUACGUUACGAUAGAAUUUCGAAAAAAAGCAUAAAAUUUAAAAAAAGUUGUAUAAUUAUUAUUAUUAUUGAUAGCAUAAAUGAGAAAUCGAAAAUUUAUAAAGCUUACCUAACGUAGUAGCGUAAAAUAUUAAGAUAUCGUAAUAUAAUAAUUAUGAAAGCGAGGGACGGGCGGCGUGGGGAGCGCGCCGCGCGGAGCGGCCUUAGCCAAUGUGUUGUUGAUAGGUAAUGAUUGCAGGGCGUGUUGUUGUGUCGGUAGCUAGUAAGGUAGUGUAAUGGCCGCCCGGGGCAGGCGCCGACCCGCUCGGGGUGCGCUUGGCCCGCUCGGGCCCCGCGUCGCCCGCUACGCUCCCCCGCGACCCAUGCUCAUUAUUUUGACUAUACGAUUAUUCGCUUAAAUGAUAUUAUACAUACGUACACACUAUAAUUAUGAUAAUAUUAAUAUAAUGUUUGUUUUAAGUGUGUUUUAAUGUUUAGAUUUUUAUUGUAAUGUUUUUAUGAAUGAUUUUUAUCUGUACGAUUAUUAUUAUUGAUUAUUAUUUUAUGUGUUGACGAUGUUUUUUUGUGAUGAAGCGCCCGCGCAAGCGUAGCGCGGACCGAGGCUGCCGUGUGCUCGUUUAGUGGUUAAUAUCGACUAAUAAAUUUAAAGUAAUAAAUAAUAAAGAAAUAAUACGACUCAUUCAUUAUUAUUAUUAUUAUAAAAUAUAGUAGUUUGUAGCACGACAUUGACUAACCAUUACCUAUUGAUACUUAUUAAGUAUUAUUAAUUAUUAUUAUUAUAUUGAAUAAAUUUAAUAAAUGCAUAAUUAUAUUUCAUAGGAAUCAUUAUUCUGUAUAACUCUAGUUAAAUAUAACGAUAAUAAAUAUGAUUGUAUUUGUAUGGGACGAUAUUGUUAUUUCGUUUAACGGGGGGCUGGUUUUAUGGAUUAAUAUUUUUUUAUUUUUUUACCGUUAUUAGUUUUUGACUUACUCAUGUAAAGAUACGCGAGGAUUAAAAACUGCCUAUUAGAUUAUAUUUUAAAAAAUAAAGGUUACGUAAAAUCAGCCCCCGUCGUACGUAGAACCAGUUAUUUCGAUAAUUUUAUUUUCAUAUUAAAAUGGGUAGACGCUUUAGGUUCAAAAUAACGUUGUGAAAAUUUGUGAAAUUUUGUAGACUACAUAUCUUAUUAUAAAUCUAAUAUAAACUAUAAAUUUCGAA